UACAGUAUAUGUAUUUUAUUAAAUAAUUAAAUAUUAAAAAUACAACAAUGAGCAAAACAAUUAGACACGUCUAUGCAUUUUAUCUUGAGUAAUUAAAAAAUGAUUGAUUGCUUGUAAAUUCAUUCUAUUCAAAAAGGUUAUAGUGAAGAUUUACGUCUUGGACAUUGACAUCUGUUGGAUGACAAUUAUAAAUAUAUGGAAUUUGUUUUAUUGACAAAGAAAUAGGGUCGAUAUAUUUUAAAUUACAAUUAUAAGUAAUUAAAAUAAACAAGGGGACUCCAAAAUAUGAUAACGGGACAUUUUAUUUUGUAACGUUGUUUACGAGAUUUUACGUCAUUUUGGAGCUGGUAUACGUGGUCUGUCUAAGUAAUUAAUGAGAUUUAUUUAUUAUCGUUAUCAAUGACAAUGGAUCAAGAAGUUUUAACGACUCUUAAAUUGCUUAUGAUAGGAGAAUCGAACGUCGGAAAGUCAAGUAUUCUAUUGAGGUUUACUGAAGAUGAGUUCAAUGAAAAUAUGCAGAAUACCGUGGGCAUGGAUUAUAAAACAAAGCAAAUGUCUAUUGAUGGCAAUGUUGUGAAGCUUGCAAUCUGGGAUACUGCAGGACAAGAAAGAUUCCGUACACUGACACCGAGUUAUUACCGUGAUGGUCAAGGUGCUAUACUGAUGUAUGACGUUACCGAUCGUAAUACAUUUAUCAAAUUGGAAACGUGGUUAGAUGAAUUAAACACUUACUGUAAUAAACUUGAUAUUGUUAAAAUGGUUGUUGGUAAUAAGAUAGAUUUGCCAGACAGGCAAGUUACAACGGAGGACGGUCUAAAAUUUGCUCGGAGACAUCAGACACUUUAUAUUGAAAGCAGUGCUAAAACUGCUGACGGUGUGAAAUGUUGUUUUGAGGAAUUGGUUCAAAAGAUAUUACAGACACCUGGUCUAUGGGAGCACAAUAAUCCAUCACGAAUUCAAAAUAUUCCUGGUGGUGGUCCUCGUCAGCGGUUGGGAAAACGUGGAAUGCUGUUGACUGAUGAUUCACAGACCCAAGAUCCUUAUUCUAAUUGUUAUUGUUAGUGUUAUUAAGCGUGCACAUUUAUACACAACUUGAUUGAAUAUUUUAAUAUUUAUUAUUAUUUGUAAAUAAAUAAAAAAAUAAAAAUUUUAA